GUCUUUUUUUCACUCUUCCACAAUGAAGUUUGCUCUUGCCCUCGUUGCCUUCGUCGCCCUCUUCGCCUCUGCCCAGGCUGCCUCCGCCAACUGCGCCCUCUGCGAGCUCUCCGUCCGAGAGAUUGUCAACGACCUCGGCCAGAACGCCACCGUCUCCCAGAUCAUUGCCAAGGUUGCCGGCCUCUGCGACGACCUCCCCUCCACCCUCCGCUCCGAGUGCGUUGCCCUUGUUGACGAGUACGGCGCCUCCAUCAUUGCCCUCCUCGCCGCCGACAUCCAGCCCGCUCAGGUUUGCACCCUUCUUGGCCUCUGCACCUCCACCGAGGCCGCCCAGGUCAAGGCCACCUUCAACAUGGUCGGCAAGGGCCCCCUCUGCCCCAUCUGCGAGUUCAUUGUUGCCGAGGUCGAGAAGAAGAUCACCUCCAACUCCACCGAGCAGGAGAUCAUCCACGCCGUCACUGGCAUCUGCACCGAGCUCCCCAAGUCUCUUGAGUCUGCCUGCGACGACUACAUUGACGAGAAGGGCGCCAUGAUCAUCAACCAGCUCGUCAACAAGGUCACCCCCGUCGAGGUUUGCACCCGCCUCCACGAGUGCACUUCCCGUGUCCCCUCGUUCGUCGACCGCCUCACCAACAUCAAGGCCAUCCUUGAGAAGGUCGUCAAGGCCUAAAGCGCCAGCCAAUUGUGUAGCUUUGAGUGGUUGCUGAUGGUUUGAUUGGAUUUUCUUGCUUUAUUGUUUUCGUUCUUUCGCUGAGCCAAACGCGAGGAGUGAAACAUGGGGGAAUGCACCAGUCAGACCAACCAGCUGCUCAUUGUCAAAAAAAAAAGGCGCCGGCGCUGUGUCUUCACAAUACACUUGAUUUUUGUUUCUGA